CUCCGCACCUGCUUCCCCUACACCCACGCACGGAUUCUCCGACUCCCGUCGACACGGGCGCACUGUUCGCAUGCAACCUGCGCAAGGCCAAGAUCACCACUCUUAUGACGUCUCUUGUUGAGGCCUUGGCGGGUUCUCGGGCACUGUGCUCUGCCUCUUACCG